AUGCCGCUUAAGCGUACACCACCGCCUUCACCUAUGCCUCAACACAAUACUCCACUAGAACCAGAGGUAACCACUGUUUUUUUAAGAGAUCAUUCUUCUUCUACCUCGAACGUAACUUUAAGGUUGUCUCCUUCUGAACAACUUCAUAGCUCCUCUUCUGAACCAAAUUUAAAUGAGGUUAAAUUUACUAAUACUGCUCGAAAACGAAAACAUUCACUCUAUGAUGAUGAUAAAUUAAAUACAUUUAUGACAGAAAUGCAACAAAUGUUUACGAAGUUUAAGGAGGAUCAAAAUAGGAGGAGUGAGCGAUUGUGUUCCAUUGUUGAGGAUAUUCGGAAUUCAGUGGACUUCCUAGCUCAUAAAUACGACUCGCGUCAGUCGAAAGUGGAUAAGUUGGAAUCGGAUCCUAAAGCGGAUGUUCAAUAUAUGAGAACUUUGGAAGAUAAAAUCGAAAAUUUAGAACGUAACAGCAGAUCAACCUGCCUGGAAAUUAGGAAUAUUCCAGUAUUGUCUUCUGAAACUAAAAGCGACCCUGUUGAGACAUUUGUUAAAACCUGCAAUGUUAUAAAUGCACCAGUCCAGAAUAGCGAAGUAAAGGAUAUAUUCCGCAUCAAAACUAAUGAGCAAGCAAAUAAAGGGAAGACAAUUAUAGUGGACCUUACCAGCUCUUUACUCAAAGAAAGGAUAAUAUCAAUGUACCGCAAAUAUAAUAGAGGUAACUCUAAACUAACCACAGAAUAA